AUCGGAGAAAGGCCCAUAUAGGGUUCUUCUUCUUAGUUUUGUUUUUCCUAAACCCUCUCUUUCGUCUCUGCUGCCACUUCUCGUACUGCAUUCAUUCAGCUGCGUUUAAAUGAUUUCUGCGAUUUCGUGGGUGCCCAAAGGGGCUUCGAAGUCCACACCCACCGUCGCUGACCCUCCUCCUCCGGAGGAGAUUGAAGAAUUGAUCGCCAACCACACGACCACAAGUGGAGACAGUGACAUUGAAGAAGCCAGCGAUGAAGUUGCCCAAGCAUUAGCCGUGGCGGAUGCAGUCGGCAAAUCAACCACUGGAAACUGUGACGAUAUAGCUCUAGCGUUGAAGGAUCUCGACAUGGACCAUUAUGAUGAAGAAGAUGAAGGAUUUGAGAUAUUUAGUUCGGGGAAAGGUGAUCUUUAUCAUCAGAGUAACGACAUGGAUGAAUAUCUCAUAGAUAGAAAAGGUGAUGAUUCAGAAGAAUUCGAAGACAUGAUCAUUAAUCCAACUGAUUCUGUCAUUGUUUAUGCCUGUACCGAGGAUGAUGUCAGUUAUCUUGAGGUUUGGGUACUCGAGGAUGCUGAUUCUAGUGAAAUGAACAUGUAUUCUCACCAUAAUAUCAUUCUUCCAGCAUUUCCAUUGUGCACAGCUUGGCUCGAUUCCCCCCUUAAAGGAGGAGAAAGAGGGAACUUCAUAGCUGUUGGUUCAAUGGAGCCUUCCAUAGAAAUUUGGGACCUUGAUGUUAUUGAUGAGGUGCAGCCAUGUCUGGUUCUGGGUGGAUUUGAAGAGAAAAAGAAAAAGGGAAAAAAGAAAUCAAUCAAAAAAUACAAAGAUGAUAGUCACACUGACUCAGUACUUGGUCUUGCUUGGAACAAGGAAUACAGGAAUAUAUUAGCAAGUGCCAGUGCCGACAAGAAAGUGAAGAUCUGGGAUGUGGUUGCAGGGAAGUGUGAUAUUACAAUGGAACAUCACUCAGACAAGGUUCAAGCAGUUGCUUGGAAUCAUCACGCACCACAGGUUCUUCUUAGUGGUUCAUUUGAUCAUACUGUUGUCAUGAAGGAUGGAAGGAUGCCAUCACAUUCUGGCUAUAAGUGGUCAGUCACGGCUGAUGUGGAGAGCUUGGCAUGGGAUCCGCACACUGAGCACUCUUUUGUGGUGAGUCUUGAAGAUGGUAUUGUCAAGGGUUUUGAUAUUCGGACUGCCCAUUCUGAUUCCUCAUCUGAUCUGAGUUCUACUUUUACACUUCAUGCACAUGACAAACCUGUUACCUCAGUAUCCUAUAAUCCAUCGGCACCUAAUCUUCUUGCCACUGGAUCCAUGGACAAAACGAUAAAGCUUUGGGAUUUGUCGAACAACCAGCCCUCUUGUGUAGCAUCUAAAUCUCCGAGAGUAGGGGCUAUUUUUAAAGUUUCUUUCUCAGAGGACAACCCCUUCUUGUUGGCUAUAGGAGGCUCAAAGGGAAAAUUGCAUGUAUGGGACACCUUAUCUGAUUCUGGAAUCUCUCGUAGAUACGGGAACUACAACAGGAAUAGAUCUCAAUCUGGCUCUUGAGUUUUAGUCUUCCUUCCCGUACCGCUCAUGUUGUGUUGCAUAAAUCAAAAUUUUGGGAUUCACUGCAAAUGUGUUUGAUUUUUUAUUUUAUUUUAUUUUUUUAUGCAUCCUGAUAACCUGAUUUGUACUAGCCUUAGAUUUGAAUGGGUUGAACAUAAUUGUUUUGUAAGAUUCCAAGUUCCAACAGUUCAAAGUUUUAGUUUGCAUGUCUUGUUUGUUUAGGGGCAAAGCCCAAAAGAAAAUUACAUGGACAUUUUCCUUCCGUUUUA